ACAGCUCACUGCAUCGGAUGCGCAAACCCUCUGGAUCCCCAGCCCCCGAGCGAGCCCGGACGCGGCCUCCCGCCGGCAGCGCGCAUGCUCAGCUCUCGCACGCAGGCGCACGAACUGCUCGGAGCUCCCCAGGCUUAGCCCGGCAUUGCCCUCUUCCUUCCCCUCAAACGCGGAAGUGAGCGGUUCCUCGGCGGGGCCUGGUAGGAGGGGCCGCCGCCGGGCUGGGAGUGAUCGACCAACCGAGCCGCCAGAGUAACGCCAUGGAGAACGGGCCUUUGCCCCACUCGUUCCUCUCCCUCGAUAAUGGGCAUUGAGCAACAAGCUGGGGCGGUAUGCUGAAGUCAGGUUGGGGGCAGAAUGAAUUUAAAAGAUGCUGGAAGUGCAGUUUGCCAGGAGAAGGCGGCCUAUAACCUUCAUAUUUACCCCCAGCUCUCGACAGAAAGCACCACCUGCUGCAGUGUGACUGCAACUAAGGACAGCACCACUUCAGAUGUAAUCAAGGAUGUGAUACAUAUUUUGAACUUGGAUGUCUCAAAGCAUUAUGUGCUUGUGGAGGUGAAAGAAUCGGGAGGUGAAGAAUGGGUACUUGAUUUGAAUGACUCUCCUGUUCAUAGGGUUUUGCUUUGGCCCCGCCGUGCUCAGGAUGAGCAUCCACAAAACGAUGGGUACUACUUUCUUUUGCAAGAGAGGGACGCUGAUGGGACCAUCAAAUAUGUCCAUAUGCAGUUCGUGUCCAAGGAGAAGGAUGCUCGACGAUUGGUUGAAAGGGGUUUUCUUCCAUGGCAUCAGGAAGACUUUGAUGACUUAUGCAAUCUCUCCAAUUUAACAGAAACAACACUCCUAGAGAAUCUCAAACGCCGCUUUCUAAAACACAAGAUUUAUACGUAUGCAGGAAGCAUUCUGAUUGCCAUCAACCCCUUCAAAUUCUUGCCCAUUUAUAACCCCAAAUAUGUCAAGAUGUAUGAGAAUCACCAACUUGGGAAGUUGGAGCCCCAUAUUUUUGCCAUAGCUGAUGUGGCUUAUCACACAAUGCUUAAAAAACAUGUUAACCAGUGUAUAGUCAUUUCAGGUGAAAGUGGAUCUGGAAAAACUCAAAGUACAAACUUUUUAAUUCAUUGUCUCACUGCACUGAGUCAGAAGGGGUACGCAAGUGGUGUGGAGAGAACUAUUUUGGGAGCUGGACCAGUACUGGAGGCUUUCGGAAAUGCAAAAACAGCACAUAACAACAACUCCAGUCGUUUUGGAAAAUUCAUUCAAGUCAACUAUUUGGAGAAUGGUAUUGUCCGAGGGGCUGUUGUUGAAAAAUAUCUGCUUGAAAAAUCUCGCCUGGUCUCUCAGGAAAAGGAUGAAAGGAACUACCAUGUGUUUUAUUAUUUGUUACUUGGAGUCAGUGAGGAAGAACGUAAAGAAUUUCACCUCCAGCAGCCUGAAGAUUAUUUCUACCUCAAUCAGCAUAACUUGAAAAUAGAAGACGGGGAAGAUCUGCGCCAUGAUUUUGAAAGAUUAAAACAAGCCAUGGAGAUGGUUGGCUUUCUUCCAGCAACUAAAAAACAGAUCUUUUCAGUACUCUCAGCUAUUCUUUACUUGGGCAAUGUUACCUACAAGAAGAGAGCCACAGGUCGGGAUGAAGGGUUGGAAGUGGGACCCCCAGAAGUAUUGGACACCCUCUCUCAGCUUCUGAAGGUCAAACGAGAAAUUUUAGUGGAAGUACUGACAAAAAGAAAAACAGUGACUGCUAAUGACAAACUUAUCCUGCCAUAUAGUCUCAGUGAGGCUAUAACAGCUCGUGAUUCAAUGGCAAAGUCACUGUACAGUGCCCUGUUUGACUGGAUUGUUCUGCGAAUUAAUCAUGCGCUCCUUAAUAAGAAGGAUAUGGAAGAAUCUGUUACAUGCUUGUCCAUCGGUGUGCUCGAUAUAUUUGGAUUUGAAGAUUUUGAAACCAACAGUUUUGAACAGUUCUGCAUAAAUUAUGCAAAUGAGCAGCUUCAGUAUUACUUCAAUCAACACAUUUUCAAAUUGGAACAGGAGGAGUAUCAAAGUGAAGGGAUUGCUUGGCACAAUAUUGACUAUACAGAUAACGUGACCUGCAUUCACUUAAUCAGCAAGAAGCCCACUGGCCUCUUCUAUCUACUAGAUGAAGAAAGCAACUUCCCACACGCCACCAACCAGACCCUACUUGCAAAGUUCAAGCAGCAGUAUGAGGAGAACAAAUUCUUUGUUGGGACACCAGUGAAGGAACCUGCUUUUAUCAUCCGGCACUUUGCGGGGAAAGUUAAAUAUCAGAUAAAGGAUUUCCGAGAGAAGAACAUGGAUUACAUGAGACCAGAUAUUGUUGCUUUGCUGAGAAGUAGUGACAGUGCCUACGUUCGUGAGCUGAUAGGAAUGGACCCAGUGGCUGUGUUCCGCUGGGCUAUUCUGCGGGCAGCAAUUAGAGCGAUGGCUGUCUUUGCAGAAGCAGGACGUCAAAGAGCCCAGAAAACUGCAGGUGUGGUGCGUCAUGGACCCCGGGUUCCCCUGGGAGAACUCCAGAGAGCAAACACACCAGUUGAAAAAGUUUAUCGAGACUUGCAUGACCAAAUCAUCAAGAGCAUAAAAGGACUUCCCUGGCAGGGUGAAGAUCCCUGUAGGCUGCUUCGGUCACUCAGUCGACUUCAGCAACCUCGCUUCCAUUUCCUGAAGAGUAGAGGUACCAAACAAAAGCAGAUAAUUCCCAAGAACUUGCUGGACUCCAAGUCUUUGAAGCUUAUAGUGAGCAUGACUCUGCAUGAUCGGACUACAAAAUCCCUCUUACACUUACACAAAAAGAAGAAACCACCUAGCAUAAGUGCACAGUUUCAGAACUCCCUCAAUAAAUUACUGGAGACCCUGGGGAAAGCUGAGCCAUUUUUCAUUCGCUGCAUCCGCUCCAAUGCUGAGAAGAGGGAGCUAUUCUUUGAUGAGGGAUUAGUAUUGCAGCAGUUGAGAUACACUGGCAUGUUGGAGACUGUGCGAAUCCGAAGAUCUGGUUACAGUGCCAAAUAUACAUUCCAGGAUUUCAAAGACCAGUUUCAAGUGUUACUACCCCAAAAUGCCAAAGCCUCAAAGGAAGAGAUCUCAGCUCAUCUGAAUAAACUGAAACUGGACAAAAACAACUACCAAAUAGGAAAGACCAAGGUGUUUAUGAAGGAGGCUGAACGACAGAUGCUACAGGACACACUACAUAAAGAAGUGAUCAGGAAGAUAGUUCUCCUUCAGAGCUGGCUCCGGAUGGUUUUGGAAAGGAGAAACUUUCUCAGAAUGCGGCAGGCAACCAUUACUCUGCAGACUCGUUGGCGUUCAUACCGUAUUAGGAGGGCAUUGGAGAGGACUAACGCUGCCAUUUACAUUCAGUCAGUAUGGCGAGGAUACAGGGAGAGAGAAUCCUACCAUCAGCAGAGGAAGAGAAUCUCCCUUUUGCAGGCUCUUGUCAGGGGACACCUACAGCGCAAGAGAUUUCAACAAAUGAUUGUGGAAAAGCAACAGGAAAUGCAACAAGCUCAAGAGGGAGAGGACAGUGUAAGCCCAGAAGAUGGUAAUGAACUGGCAUUGGAGCAGUUGGCUGUAAAACCUGAAAUGCAGCCAGAUCAAGGUGUUGAACAGAUGACAGCAGGAGUAGAUGAUGGAGCUCAGAAUGAUAGAGAUGAAAAACUGAGCCAAGCUACUGAAAAGGCCAUUCCUUCUCAGACGAGCAUAACAGAUGUCCAUGAGAAGCUCACAAGCAGUCGGGAGAAACGGGAAUCUCGCCGGCAAAGGGGUCUGGAACAUAAUAAAUUACAGAAUAAGCACGUCCUGUUCCCCUUAGAGGAGCAGUCUGUAGUAUGUCAUGAAGAUGAAACUUCUGUUAAGGAAACUCCAGAAACUGUCCAAGAGCCAAACAAAUUCACGGCAGAAGACACAGUCCUUCCAAAAGGUAUAGAGGAAGAGAGAAUCUCAGUGGAAGAAAACAAAACCCUUUCAGACACACAGGUCCCAGGUGAAAUACUGGACAGUGAGGUCUCCUUUCCCAAGCAAUCCAAUGAAUCAAAACAGGAAAUACUAGAUGAUAAGGAUAUUGAUAAAGUGAAAAUUCAAGAGAAAAUUCAAAAGAAUCAAAUAAAAGGGAGCCAAAGCUUCACCUGUCCUGAAAGGCCGUUGGAUCUCUCACUGAACAUUAAAAAGAAUCUUGCUCCUACCAGAAGCUUUCAAACUGCAGAUGAGAAUUACGGAAAUAAAAAUAAACACCGAAUCUUGAAGGUGGACAAAGAUCUGGACAGUCCCCCCUCUUUCCAGAUUCAGAGGUAUCUGCAUGACCUGGGAGAACUGAGGGACAAACGGGAGAAAUGGAAAGGAAAGAGGCAGUCAGAGGCUGGUCAGAAUGAUGUACUCAGCCAGUCUUUGGAUGAAAGAAACCGAACUGGCCAAUCCCCUCAAACCCUACUAGCAAAGAAGGGGACUACUUCUUCGCUGGAUGAUAUCGCUAACUUUGCUCGGUCUGUCACCAUGAUUCAGCCAUCUCUUGUUUCUCUUCUCCUCCACCAUUAUUUCCCGAAACAGACUGUGCAAAGGAAGUCCAAUGAACAGUUAUCGCCCUUGGAUUCAGCUGUCUCAGUUCAGUCACCUAACCAGCCGAUGGAUGCCAAAUCCACAUUUAAAAGUCCUCUGCGCAAGCUGCUGGGAAAGAAACCAGACAAGAAAUACAUUAAGGAGAGUCCUGAUGUAAUGGAGGAAGGAGAGACUCUCCCUCGUCUAUUGUGUAUUCCAACAUUAGAAGCAGUGGAGUCACAAAAAUUAUCAGAAGCUCCUUCUGGACACCCACGUCGCCCCCAGGUAGGAGUGCGACCCGUGAAAGAAACUAGCAAAGGGAAAAGGAACCGUAAUAUUAAAAUCAGCAAGAUUUCAGCAGUGUCUGAGAAGUGGCCAGCUUCUGUGUUCCGUGAGAUCACAAAUGCCAAUGAGCUGAAAUACCUUGAUGAGUUCCUUCUGAACAAGAUAAAUGACUUGAACUCCCAGAAGUCUGCUACUGAAUGUUUAUUUUUUGAAGCCACAGAAAAGUUUAGAGGAAAUAUCAAAACAAUGUACUCUGUUCCUAAUGGGCAAAUCCACGUCGGCUAUAAAGAUCUGAUGGAAAACUAUCAGCUUCUAGUUAUAAAUCUUGCAAAAGAGAGGGAAGAGAAAGACGUCAAGCUGGUUUUAAAUCUCUUCCAGUCCCUUCUCGAUGAGUUUUCCCGAGGAUACGCAAAAAAAGAAGAGUCAGAGCAGCACAAGCAAAGCAAAACCCAGAAGAAGAAACGAAAACAAGAGCGUGCAAUUGAGGAGCACAAUGGCCACGUGUUCAAGAGCUACCAAGUGAGCAUUCGGCAGUCAUGUGAGCAGUGCUCGUCCUACAUCUGGCCAAUGGAGAAGGCCUGUCUUUGCAGUAUCUGCAAGUUGAUUUGCCACAAGAAAUGCAUGUCCAAAACUCAGAGCUGCUGCACAUCGCCCUGUGGAAAAAAGAACGACCAAGGUGUAGACUCCCGUCACUUCGGAGUAUGUGUGAGUUCCUUAAUUAGCGAUAAGAAUUCAGUCCCAGUUGUUAUGGAGAAACUACUAGAGUAUGUGGAGAUGCAUGGCCUCUACACAGAAGGAAUCUACAGGAAAUCAGGGUCAGCAAAUCGCAUGAGGGAGCUGAAACAGUUGCUGCAGACAGAUCCAAAUUCAGUGAAAUUAGAAAAUUAUCCCAUUCACACCAUCACAGGCAUCCUGAAGCAAUGGCUGCGAGAGUUACCUGACCCACUCAUGACUUUUGCACAGUACAGUGACUUUCUCCGAGCAGUAGAGCUACCAGAAAAGCAGGAGCAACUUGUUGCCAUUUACAGUGUCCUUGAACAGCUUCCACAAGCCAAUCACAACACCCUGGAGCGACUCAUCUUUCACCUUGUCAAAGUGGCUCUAAUAGAAGAUGUCAACCGUAUGUCACCCAAUGCUCUGGCCAUUGUCUUUGCUCCAUGUCUCCUGCGCUGCCCUGAUAAUUCUGACCCACUAACCAGUAUGAAAGACGUCUCAAAGACAACUAUGUGUGUAGAAAUGCUAAUUAAGGAGCAGAUGAGAAAAUACAAGAUUAAAAUGGGUGAAAUUAACCAGCUGGAAGCAGCUGAGAGCAUUGCUUUCCGCCGACUCUCAUUGCUCCGGCAGAACACGCUCUGGCCUGUAAAACUUGGGUUUUCUUCUCCUUAUGAGGGGGUGCUGAGUAAAAGCCCCCAAGUCAGGGGAAAUGACAACAGCUUCCCUGAGCUGGGAUCACUGCAGGAGGAAGACGAGGUGUCUGAUGUUGAUAACCGGGAAAAGGAGAUUCUGAUAGAACGCAUACAGUCAAUAAAAGAGGAAAAGGAAGACAUAACUUACCGAUUACCUGAGCUUGACCAGCAAGGCUCUGAUGAGGAAAAUCUAGACUCUGAGACCUCAGUGAGCACGGAGAGUCUGCCAGAGGACCGAAUAGGGCGGCUGGAUACUGAAGGAACCGCGCUGUCUGAAAUCCAGUGCCAUGGUCGGUGCCCCAGUGUGCCUGCCAAAGACUCUUGCGGAGGACCCAACGUUUCUCUUCCACUGGCCUCUACAGUCUCCUCAGUUACCAAGUGCAGACCAUCAUCAAUGCUGGUCAAGAUGAAAGUCCCCUGCCGAAAUCCAGUGAUGCCGACGGCAAAUAUAAAACUUCCGUAUGGGAUUACCAAACUGACAGAAUCCCAGAGCAGAACACCGGCUAUAGAGUCUCAGCCAGUGGUGAGACGGAGGGACCGGCUAGCGAGGCGAACUGAUAAAAUUCACUCCGUAUACAUUGCACAAGGGUCUGUGUUGGCCCAAACUCAGGAACCUUUGGACGAAUAUGAACCAACAGCAAAAGUGAAGCGGAGGUUUUCAGACCCUUACUCACGCAUUUCAUGCAUAGAUGAAUGAAAUAUUUAAAGUGUUGGAAUUUUUUAAAAAUUGGGACCACAACUUUUAGCUCUGACCCUCCUUUAAGGCCUGUGAACUUGUGCACUUCCCCUAAGCAGUCACUGGAAUCGCAGUCUGGAACUCUCAGCACUCUAAGGGUUAAGCAGGGUUGCUUAAAACAAUAUCCUGCUAUUUGUAAACAAAUUAAAAGAAACUGGUGGGGGAGGGGGAAAGUAGAAUCUAAAUUUGCUUUGUCAGAGUAAAAUACAGACUUGAGUCUGCAGGAAGACUCUAGUGACCUUAGUUUCUCCUGCUGUGCCUUUUUGUAUUUGCUUACGAUGGGCUCUAAUAGGUCCAAAGGUGAGUUAGAGUCCCUAGGUUUUGCCUUACUCCUUUUUUUUUGUAUGUUUUAUGACAAGUUCCUUUGUGGUUUACAGAACUGUUAAUGUAAUAGCCUUAACUCAGACCAAAAAUGUAUCAAUGUUUAUUAAUACAUUGCACUUUUUAAAAA